CACAAUAUAUGUAACAAAAAUGCUGACGCAAUACUGUUUUCGUCUUCAAUUUUGACGCUCUUCUUCGCGUGAUCUACACUACCAAGCGUUUCCUAUCCGUUCAUUGCGUUAAGGGAGCUAUUCAACCACGAAUUUGAUGUCGUCGCUAACAUGAUCAUGUACACUUUUGGGAUUUUCAUCGGCUUCGCAAAAACUUUGAUAAUCGUGCGUAAUCGUCUAAAAAUUGGGCGAAUGAUGGACAAACUUGAAGAAGAGCCCUUCACUUUAAACAGGAAGCGAGGAGGAGAUGAGGAGGAGGCCCUGAUAAAGAAAUGCAUAUGGAUCACAAACGCGCAAACGUAUAUAUACUACGGGCUCGGCUCAAUUACUUUAACGGCAGGAUUCCUUUUCACGAUCAUUAAGCGAGUAUCGAGUAAUGAUUUCCGAGAUUGGGAGUUUGCAUACGGCCCAAUAACCAUAUUGAAUAUCACUUACAGCCCUAACUACGAGAUAUCACUUUGCUAUCAGAAUCUCAGCAUAAUUUGGAUUGGUUACCAUUUCGUCACCGCCGAUUUACUUGUUGCGGAUAUUUUGGUGCACAUCAGUUUCCAAUUCAAGAUGCUUCAAAACAGUUUUCGAAGGAUCGUUAGCAACAGCCUUGCUAAACAAGUGGAGGACAAAUGUGGCCCUGUAAAAAUAUGCGAUCCCACUGGACAACCAAUAGUUCAAUGGAAGUACCUGAAUCAAACAUUGAAGGAAACGAUUCGAUAUCAUAUGGCAAUUCUAGAUAUGGCAGACGAAAUGGAGGAACUAUGCAGUGGUCUACUACUUUUCGUCUUUAUCAGUACACUCGGAAUGUUGUGUUUUAUUAUUUAUCGGGCGUCUACGUUACCCUUCACCGACACGCAAGUCCUUCGAAAUUUGUUUGAGGGAAUGUCAAUAGCUCUUCAGGUUUUGAUUAUAUGCUUUUGGGGACAAGAAGUUGCGAACGAAAGCGAAUCGGUUGCGCAUUCUAUUUUGGAAUCGAACUUUGCAGGAACCGAUUUGAGAUUUCAGCGAGCACUGCAGCUGGCCAUGCUCAGAAGUCAGAGGGCUACUGCACUGACGGCGGGAAAAUUUACUUCAAUCGGAUUGCCGACCUUUGCUUGGAUUAUGCGCACAUCGUACUCAGCGUAUAUGGUUGUAUAUAACAAGAACACAAAAGAAGAGUAGGUACCACGCAUUAGAUUGUCUGCACCAUCACAGUUUCUUUAGAAUUUUGUAGACA